GUCACGGGCAUGAGGCCGCUCAAGCAAGCUUAUGUCUUUGAUAUGCCUGGACUGGAACACGAUCGUUUCCUGGGCGUCUAAACAACUUCUCUUACGUUGAUGUGAAAGCGGGCAAUAAAACCCAAGGCGUCUGUUCUCUGGAUGACCUGAGAAUGCGCCUCAAGAAAUUCAAAGACCUGCUCACAGGUGGUGGAAACAGGAACAAUACUCCAGCGCGGGGUAGUGCACUGGUCCUCCGUGUCCUUCAACGCGAACAGCCUGAAAUCUGCAGGCUCGUUCUAGCCGACCUCCGUGAGGACUGGAUCCUCGAACCCUUCCCCUCUGCGUCGACUUUUGUUGGCUCGCUUGCCCACCAGGCCCUCGUGCAGCUGUCGCUUUAUUUCCAAAACACGCCGAGCACUACAAUUGAUACGUACAGCCGACUCUCUGAUGAGCGCCCCGAUAAGCGGCGCCUUCUUUGCUGUCAACUCGUGAAAGAGGCGCCUGCCGUCCUCGCGGCGCUUAGCAGCAAAUUGGACUUGCUCGGUGUAGGUAAACAUGGCGCCACGGCUGGAAUAGAGGACCUUCCGGUCAAAAAGAUGAGUCAGAAAGAGUUGAAAUUGUCACGAAAGCGCCAGCUAGUGCGUGAGAUCCCGCUGGACCCUGCUCCGUUCGCUCGCUUGGAGCUGGAUGUCCCCGUGACAGCCGUGGAGAUGGAAGCCGCUGUGGAUCUCGUGCUGGAUAUGCAGAAGGGGAUCCUGCAGGACUACCUAGAGGCGUUGCGGUGCCCUGAGCUUAGAAGAUCGAUCGAAGACACGUGUCUUCCUUCGAAUUCGUUUGUUGUUCAAGAACACGAUGCGGCUACAUUCAUGAAAGAUUCCGAUGUGGACUGUGUGGAGGCGCUGGUCACUGCAUCCAAUGACGAAAAGCAGGACUAUCUGGAGCACCAUGUCAGCAUCAACAUCCUCUACGCGGACAACGCCGCUGGUUUUGGUGAAUGGAUGAUCAAUCUCUCCCCUCGUGCGAAACGCGACUUGCGAGAUCUUAAUCGCCGCGACCGCAAGAUCUUCAAGAUCGUCGUCAAGAAGAUCAAGGAGCUCUCGAAUGGGCGUUUCUCGUCCGACAAUCAGAAGCGGUUGAACGGACAACAGACUGAUGUUCCUGUCUAUGAGGCCAAGAUGACAGGAGAUUGGCGAUUGGUG